AUGGCCUCCUUUCGGGCGCUUCGAUCUCAGUAUGCUUCGCGGCUAAAGCAAUUCAUUGCCUCAGCUAAAGAAUUCGAAGUCCUCGCAACAGUGCCCCCUAGUCAUGCCUCAUUGCCUAAAACACUAUACGUGCUAGACUCGUCGUUCAAUCCUCCUACACGCGCCCACCUCCGCAUUGCCAGCUCCGCACUCCUAGAACAACUAGAGCCAGGCUCUCGUCUGCUUCUUCUGCUUGCCACUCAGAAUGCCGACAAACCAUCUAAGCCGGCGCCCUUUGAGGACCGUCUGGCUAUGAUGGAACUCUUUGCGCAUGACAUACGGUCUCACCUUGCAGCGAUACACUCUUCGACAACAGCCUCUUCAAUGGAACAUAUUCCCACAAUUGACAUCGCUGUCACCAAGAAACCUUACUUUAUCGAUAAGGCGGCGGCCAUUGAAGCUUCGGAUCACUAUCCAUCCCCCCUGGAGCAAGUUCAUCUCGUGGGCUACGAUACAUUGAUCCGUAUCUUCAAUCCCAAAUAUUACCCCCCAGAGCACACGCUACAGCGUCUCGGGCCCCUGUUCUCCCAGCAUCGGUUGCGGGUGACAUUGCGACCUGGCGAUGAUUGGGGUGACAGGGAAGAGCAGGAGGGGUUCCUUGCCAGUCUCGCUCGUGGGGAUCGAGAAGCUGAAGGCGCACCGAGGGAAUGGGCACAGAAAAUCCAGUUCAUUGAGGGCAGGAAGCCUGAAGACCCGCCAGUCAGCUCCACCAGAGCUCGCGAGGCCGCACAGUCCGCUCCUCAAGAUCUGGAAUGGCUGGUCCCGGAUAAUGUGCGGCAAUUUGUGUUAUCUGAAAGGCCAUACUCGGAGGAAAGCCCGGGUACUAGGAUAUGA